AUGCAGAAGAAGGAGAGGUCGCUCAAAAAGCAACAGAGAGAAGCUCUCCUCCUUGAUAGUUACUUGACAUCAGAUGUUACCACUGGUCGCUCUCUUCGUGAUAGAAAGCCUGUAACAUAUACCUUUGAUGACUAUGACCGCUCAAUAAAUGAAGCAAUCAAAAUAACAAAGAAAAGAGAAAACUCUGCUGAGCCUGUUACUAAUCUCAAUAGAAGGAUGCUUACACCAAGACCGGAGUCAUCAAGCAAUGGCAAAUUAAAUGGUCCCUCACCUCUUGCUAAUGAAUUAUAUGAUGGAAAUUCUUCAAAGUCGGAUGACUACCGAGAUAGUGAUGCUGAAGAAGAAAAUGAAACACUUGAUCGCAGUAACCGACGGAGGAGAAGAUCUCGGAGGUACACGCAAGAUUUUGUUGAGGCUCUCUCUGAUAUUGAUCCGAACUUUGAUAGCGAUGAUGAUAUCAUGGGAGAAGCGGUUUAUGAUGAGGAAUAUUUGAGAACUCGCAAACAUCAGAAGACAUCAAGUGCUUCUGAAGAGGAUGAAGAGUUCCGGUUGGAAGAGGAUGUUGAAGAUGAUGAUGAAGAGGAAGAGGAAUUUUCUGCGGGCACAAGUGAAGAUAUAGAGGAGCCCCAACGGCAUACAAAGUUGCGAAGUCAGAAUGGCCGAGGGGCUAAGCGGAGAUCUGUUGGUGAAACCCAGACAGGUCUCAGGCGCAGCAAGCGUUCUUCUCGUCCACGUAUUAACUAUCAGCAGUAUGAUUUUUCAGAUACGGAUGCAGAGGCAGGAAAGGCAGGUAAAUCAGAUGCAUCGGACCCCGAUGCUAACUCUGAUGGAGAAAAUAAUAUGGAACUCUCAACAUCGAGCCAAGAGCAACAGGAAGAAGAGGAUGAUGACACUGAGGAAUUAAAAGGUAGUAAUGGCAAUAGUAAAAUAGCUGAAGACCAUACAGUGGCAGCAAAUAAAGAGGAGCAAGAGGAGGAGCAGCCACAGCUGCAGCUACAGUCUGUCGAGAAGACGAAUGUUCCCAGCAGAGAGAGUGAAAGUGUUGGAAGAACAUUCUUAGAUCUAAACGAGCUUGCGCCUGGUGCUGGCUUCGAUGACGGGCCAAGCCUGGCAAUGAAAGAUGAAGACAUGGAUAACAGUUAG